UAAAAAAAAAAAAAUGUAACCCCCCCUCGGGCAAAUAGUAUUUAAAAGACACUAUAAUUAUUAUCUGUAUCUACCGGUUUGUUGUUUAGUAUUAGGAAUAAAAUGCGUGUAAAAGUGCGUGUGAUAUUUUUUUUGGUUAAUUGUUUGCGUUACGGAAUUGCAGAAGAGAUUGGACAAACGCCAGUCAUAGGAAAAAAUUGGACGAGAUGUUAUGACGAUUUUAACAGACCACAGAGGUGCAUCCCAGAGUUUGAAAACGCAGCAUUUAAUGUGCUAAUGGAAGCAACAAACACCUGCGGUGACAGUAAUAAUGGAACGGAGUAUUGUGUACAAGCAGGUGAUUCCAAAAUUAGAAAAUCCUGUGACAUUUGUUAUCCUAAUGAACAUCACGCUGGGUAUCUUACCGAUUUUCAUCAGAGAGAAAAUCCUACGUGGUGGCAAUCUGAGACAAUGCUGGAGGGGAUUCAAUGGCCUAAUGAAGUAAAUCUAACAUUAAGAUUCGGAAAAGCAUUUGAUAUCACUUACGUCAGGCUUUGGUUUUGGUCACCUAGGCCAGAAAGUUUUUGUAUUUCGAAGAAGACAACGGAAAACGGUCCAUGGAUACCUUAUCAGUAUUACAGCGCUACUUGUCGAGACACGUAUGGACUUCCAGAUAUGAUUCACACAGUAAGAGGUGAAGAAACUAGGGCUUUGUGUACUUCGGAAUAUUCGGAUAUAUCUCCAUUAAGAGGCGGUAAUGUAGCAUUCGGAACACUUGAAGGUCGCCCAUCGGCAUACAAUUUUGACAGCAGUCCAGAUCUACAGGAAUGGGUCACUGCUACCGAAAUAAGGAUUACCUUGAAUCGCUUAAACACAUUUGGAGACGAACUAUUUGGAGACCGACUAGUGCUACGUUCUUAUUUCUAUGCUAUCGCAGAUAUAGCCGUGGGUGCUAGAUGUAAAUGUAAUGGUCAUGCUUCAGAAUGCAUCACUGUUCCUGAUGGCUAUGGGUCAAAAAAAAGGAUUUGUAAGUGUGAACACAAUACGGCAGGGCCAGAUUGUAAUGAAUGUCUACCAUUUUACAACGAUGUCCCUUGGGGAAGAGCGAACGCUCAGAACGCACAUGAAUGUAAACAAUGUAACUGUAAUGGAUACUCUAACCGAUGUUUUUUUGAUCGCACACUGUACGAACAGACGGGUCAUGGAGGACACUGUAUGGACUGCACGGCCAAUAGAGACGGUCCUAAUUGUGAACGUUGUCAACAGAAUUACUAUAUGAGAGAAGAUGGUUAUUGUAUUCCAUGCGACUGUAACGAGAUUGCUUCUAUGAGUCUUCAAUGCAACGCAGAAGGCAAAUGCCAGUGCAAACCAGGAGUAACUGGAGGAAAAUGUGACAGAUGUAACGUAAACCAUUACGAUUUCUCGACGAAUGGUUGUAAGAGUUGCGGUUGCUUAGAAAUGGGAUCGGUUAACAACGAACCAAAUUGUAACCCAUAUUCUGGAGCUUGCCACUGCAAAGAAAAUGUAGAAGGGAUCCGUUGCAGGGAAUGCAAACCUGGAUAUUUUAACCUCGAUUUUGAUAAUAAAUUUGGAUGCACCCCGUGCUUUUGCUACGGGCAUUCCUCGUUAUGUAAAUCUGCCCCUGGUUAUUCUAAAUACCUUUUGGAGUCUUCGUUUUCGAGGAAUUCUGAAAGGUGGAGGGCUGAAGAUGAAUACGGAAGAAGUGUUAACUUAAAAUAUGAUACGUUUACGCAAAGUGUAGGUGUCCAAUCUGCUGGCGAUGUUAUCUACUUUGUUGCUCCAGAUCGAUUUUUGGGUGAUCAAAGGGCCUCUUACAAUCAACUAUUGGAGUUCAUUUUAAAAGUUGGUGAUAAUGAACCAUUUUCCACAGCCACAGAUAUAAUAUUAGAAGGUGGUGGAUCGACUAUAACAAACUCGAUAUUUGCCCAACAAAAUCGAAUGCCAUCAGUGCAAAAUCAAAAAUACAGCUUUAGAUUGCAUGAACAUCCCGAUUACGGCUGGCAACCCAGAUUGUCGUCAAGACUAUUUAUCGCGAUACUGGCGAACCUAACAGCUAUAAAAAUCAAAGGGACAUAUUCGCCAAACAGUACAGGACAGUUAGAUGAUGUUAAAUUAGAAACAGCAGCGAGAGGUGUAGCUGGAGAACCUGCUCUUUGGAUCGAAUAUUGUGACUGCCCAACAGGUUACAUCGGUCAAUAUUGUGAAUCGUGUGCUCCUGGCUUCCGACAUUCACCAGCUCUGGGUGGAAACUUCAUGCCCUGCAUCCCAUGUGACUGCAACAACCAUGCCAGUAUCUGUGACUCCGAGACGGGUCGAUGUAUAUGCCAGCACAAUACAGCUGGUGAAAAUUGCGAAUUAUGCGCCAGAGGAUACUACGGAAAUGCCUUAGCAGGAACCCCGGAAGACUGUUUACCAUGUGGCUGUCCAAACGGGGGUGCUUGCAUCCAGAUUGAUGAAGACAUUGUGAUGUGCACCGAGUGCCCUACAGGCUAUACUGGCCACCGUUGCGACUCGUGCUCUGAUGGAUAUUUCGGGGAUCCAACUGGUCAGUUUGGACCUCCUCGAGCCUGCGAACUGUGUGAGUGCAACAUGAACAUCGACCCAAAUGCAAUAGGUAAUUGUGAUCUAGUCACUGGCGACUGUCUUAGAUGCAUUCAUAACACUGGUGGCCCAAAAUGUGAUGUUUGCUUGUCAGGCUUUUAUGGAAAUGCAUUAGUUUUACCCAAGGGCGAUUGCAAACAGUGCCACUGUUAUCCACCCGGUACCGAAGAAGACAUUUUGGGAGCUCCCGUGUGUGACCAGACAACUGGAAUAUGCCUCUGCAAAGCUCACGUAACCGGUCGAAAUUGCGAAAGAUGCGAAAUAGGAUAUUAUAACCUCCAUAGUGGAGACGGCUGUCAAAUUUGUAACUGUGAUCCCAUUGGUUCCUUCAAUCAAACCUGUGAUAUUUAUUCUGGGCAGUGUUACUGCAAACCUGGAGUAACAGGUAUAAGAUGCGAUCAUUGUGAAGCCAGGAAAUAUGGAUUCUCUACAGAAGGAUGCAAAGAAUGUGAAUGUGAUAGCAUAGGAUCGAAAGAUUUACAGUGUGAUCCUACUGGCCAGUGUCCUUGCCUUGAAAAUGUUGAGGGUCUAAAAUGCAACAGAUGUAAAGAAAAUAAACACGACAGAAAGAAAGGUUGUGUAGAUUGCCCGCAGUGCUAUAAUUUAGUUCAAAAUGAAGUCCGCUCUCAUAACGAUAAGUUGAGCAGACUUUACGAUAUACUGGAUAAGAUUGAACAUCAACCAACUGUUAUUACAGAUGAAAAGUUUCCUGAAAAAUUAAAAGAAGUGGAACAAGACAUUAAUGAUUUGCACAAAAAUGUAAAAAAUAUUACUGGUGAAAACAAUUUAGUUCAACAAGUGCAAAAUAUACGCGACAGAGAACAGGAAAUGUCACGCACCUUGUCUGAAGUAGACGAAAAUAUAUUUUUAAUAAGCGACCAAAAUCAUGUGGUAGAUAAAAAUGUUUUUAAUGCAGAACAAGUACUAGAAGAAGCUGCAGAUAAAUUGAACGAUAUAAAUAAUCUGUUCGAAUAUCAGGGCAAAAAAGCUCUUCAAGACGCUUUAGAAAGAUCAAAAAUUGUUGGCCAGCAAUCUGUAAAAAUGACUGAUAUAGCGCACGAAGCUAGAAAUUUAGCCGAUUCGUUAGACGCUCAAGCAGACGAAAUAAUUUUUAAAGCUAAAGAAGCGAAAAAUAAUUCAAUAGACGCUUACAAUAAAGUAAAAAAUGCAAAUUCCCAACUAACCCAAGUCAGAGAAGCUAUUCGGCAUAUCAAACAGGACGUUAUGAACACCGAAUUAAAACUAAAUGAAUCGAAAGAGUGGACCAAAGACGUUAGCGACAAGGCUGCUAUAGUUAAAAACAAUGCCCUAACUCUGUUAGAUGAAGUUAAUAAUCUGAUUAUCCCAGAAAUAAACGUAUCCAAAUUAAAACAAAAAUCGAAAGAUCUCAAAGAAGAAGCACAUAGACUGAAAAAUAAGUCAUCUGAACUAUUCCACAAUAGCAAUGAAAUAAGAAAAAGUAUUGAAGAACAAAACUAUAAAGGAAGGGAACUCUUACAAAAAGCUCACGAGCAAAAUGAAGAAGUGAUCAAUUUACGAAACGAUUUAGUUUUUGCUGAUAGUCAAGCUAAUGGAGCAAUUAACCUUUGGAAUGAAAUUUUAGAAAGAGCCGAAAGCAAUUAUAAAUUGAUGUCAGAGUUUGAUACACAAACACAGAAAAGUAAAGAAGAAGCAGAAGAGGCAUUGCAAACAAUUGCAGAAAUCGAAAUGAUAAUCAACAGCACGCUUAGUAACACCAACGAAGCGCAAGAAAAUUUAGAUGAUGCGAAACUAAACGCUGAUUUAGCUUUGGAAAAGGCCCUUAAUGCUAAUGUGGUUGCCAAAAAUGCUUCCAUGACAGCGGAACGUAUCAAACAAGACGCCGAAGUGUUAUAUAAAAAUACGACUGCCCUGAGCGAAGAGGCUGAGUUGAUGUUUGAUAGGGUUCGAAAUACUGAAGGUGAAUUUAAGAAUCUUUUCGAGAAAACCAAAAGCAAUAACACAUUGGUGAACCAGGCCAAAGAAAAGGUGGGAAGAGCCGGUAGAGAUACAGACGAAGCAUCGAAAAAAAUACUAAACUUGAUGGGAGACAUAGAUAAAAUAUUGGCGGAACUGCAGAACUCACCAAACUUAAAUGAUGAAGAUAUAGACCGACUGGAAGAACAGAUACGUAUUACAGAGGAACGGAUAAGAGAUGCCAAGCUUGAGGAAAAGUUACAGGAUUUGGAGAAAGAGCACAAGCUCCAGAAUGAAUUAAUAGACCAAUAUAAAAGUCAAAUUGUUUUGCUACAGUUAGAAGUGGAAAAUAUCGAACAAAUCGUUAAUACUCUUCCAAGCGGAUGUUAUAGAAGAGAAGAUCUCGAACCGUAGAAAUUCUAAAUUUUAAAAUUGUAACCAAAGACUUCCUUGAAUUAUUUUUGUAUACGUAUUUAGGUUUAAUUGAUUUGAUAUCCUAAUUUUGUUUUAUAUUAAAACACCUAUUUUAUUUAAUUACUUCCCAUUUCCUAGUAGCAGUUUUUUGUUUUUAG